UCAUUCUAGGCUCCGAAAAAAAUGAGCCAACUUGUGGAAGGCCACUGGGAAUGAAGUUUGAGGCAGAAGAUCAGCUUCUUGUUGCUGAUGCAUAUCUGGGCAUUUUUCGACUGAAUGUUAAAAUGGGAGUGUUUAAAAAUAUAGUACACAGAGAGAGGUCAGCUAAGGGCAAGUAUUAUAGGUUCUUCAAUGACCUUGUUAAGAGUGAGGAUGGAACAAUAUUUUUUAGUGAUUCCAGCAGUAAAUGGCAACGAAGGGAAUUUGGAUAUAUUUUAAUGGAGAACGAUAAAUGUGGAAGAAUAUCAUGGUUCAGUGAGUCGACAAAGCAGAUUGAUUCCUUCAUUUCCAGUUCAUACUUUCCCAAUGGAAUAGUGUUGGGGCCAAAUAGUGAAUACUUCCUCUUCAGUGAAACCACACGUUUCCGAAUUCUUAAGUAUUACCUAAAAGGCAAGAAGGCUGGUUACACUGAGUCAUUUAUCGCAAACCUUCCCGGAAUGCCAGACAAUUUAAGUCCAAGCAGUAGUGGAGGAUUUUGGAUAGGUUUAGCAUUUCCAGGUGGCAGACUUGGCUCAAUGCCUGUGUUUGACUUUCUUUUCAAACAUCCAUGGAUUAGAAAUAUUAUUGCUAAGGUCAUGGAUCCCAGGACUCUUUUACAGUACCUACCAAAAUAUGGACUUAUAAUAGAAGUGGAUCAGAACGGUGAAAUCAUUCAAAGCCUUCACGAUCCUACAGGAGAGGUUAUAUCCAGCGUGAGUGAAGUGCUAGACACAGGAAAGGAGCUGUAUCUUGGGAGCUUUGGGGGUCCAUUUAUUGGAAGACUAAAUCUAACAAGAUCUAAAAACUAAUGUCAUCAACAAGCACAUUUGAUACUUUUUAUGUUUUUUUUUACCCUUAGAUCUAGGUCAUUUUAUUAUUAUUAUAAUUAUUAGCAUUAUUAUUCUAUUAAAGAUUUUAAUAAGAAAUGUAGUUGCUCCUUAAGCUAUAAUUUUAUUUUGUAUAUUUUGAAGUAGCAAUUUAGAUUUCCAAGUGUUGUAUAUUUCAUGGUUAAAAUCAUCAAACAGAAACAGAAGAAUAUGUUUGUAAUUGUUUCAAUUCAGUGGUUUCUUUGUAUGAUUCUAUUAUUUUAUUAAAAGGUGAACCUCAAAACAUGUACAA